AUGGAGCUGACAGCAGCCAUCUUCAUCUUGGUGUUGGUGUCUACACACCAGCCUACUGCAGGUGUUGGCCAUGAUCCAUUGCUGGUUGUGGAUGAUUAUGAGGAUGGUGGUAUUCGACUCAAAUGUUUAUCUGAAAGGUUGUUUUCUGAAGCUCAACUGUUGUGGACGGACAGUAGAGGAGAAAACAUCACGGGAACUCCUCUCUCUGCUGACACCACCACUGCCAGCGUCAGCAGCUCCAUCAUUCUCAAAGCAGGAUCUGGAAACUCUGUGUCCUGCAAAAUUAUAGAUAAACUACAGAAAACAUCAACAGAAUCUUCAGUUGUCAUUGCAGAUAAGUAUGAGCUUCCAGCCUAUGCCUUCUUUCCUUCCACCUCCCCUUGGCUGGCGGCUUUUGUUGUGAUUCUGCUCCUGAGCAUAUUCCUGGUCCUUGCUGCAAUUUAUAAAAUCAGAAAAAACAAUAAGGAAAUCACUCGUGCACAAAAAGUCCGGAAUGAACUGAAGUUCAGGAAAGCUCGUAGCAAUGCAGUUAAUAUCACUCUGGAUCAGAAAUGCAAACACCCCAACCUCUGCAUUAAUGAGGAGAAAAAUAGGGUGAAGUCCUCAAACAAGAAAGAGACUGCCCUCAAAGCAAUGGUGGUAGCUACUGAAGGUUUUUCCGAAAAAAAACAUUACUGGGAAGUGGAGGUGGGGAACCAAUCACAGUGGGAGCUGGGAGUGGUGAGUGAGAAGAUUAGGAAUAUGAUUAUGAACAACAUGGAGAAUUAUCUCCCACUGAAUAAUUUAUUCAGUCUACAGUAUUCUCAGGGAAAAUACAUCUUAACUAAUGGGGAAGAUGUAAGCAAUUACAAACAGUGCAGCGUGGUGGGUGUUCUCUUGGAUGUGGAAGACAAUGAGCUUUCAUUCUACAAUGUUGAAGAAAAGAGCCCUCUUGGGUCUGUCUUUUUUGAGCUUUCUGAGAAGCUGUAUCCAUUCUUCAGUCCAGACUCUGAUGGCAGCUGGCUGGGGGUACGUCCUGUAAAACCUCAGACCUAUAACCCUCUUCCACAGAGUGAGAAGGAGAUUAAUAAAUGAAAAUGUGGUGAAUAAUAGAGGCUGCAAAAAUGUAGAGGAAGAAAAAAAUGUAUUUUCAUCUUUAA